AUGGCGAAUUCAAUUGAAGUAAAUGAACAAGAGCUUCCAACAUCAGCGAAAAUCUCAACUUUGAAUUGUAUCGAUCUCUCGAACCCUGAUAUUCAAUCAUCCGUUUCCCUUCUCAAACAGGCUUGCUUAGACUCGGGGUUCUUCCAUUUAAUCAAUCAUGGAAUUGACGAGGAAUUUAUGGAUGAAGUUUUUGAACAAAGCAAAAGGUUUUUUGAUCUACCAAUGAAAGAAAAGAUGAAGCUUCUAAGGAAUGAAAAGCAUCGAGGCUAUACUCCUGUUUUUGAUGAACACUUGGAUCCUGUCAAUCAAAUUCAUGGGGACUAUAAAGAGGGAUAUUACAUUGGUAUUGAAGUACCAGAUGAUGACCCCGAUGCAAAUAAACCAUUUUAUGGGCCAAAUGUGUGGCCUCCUUCAGAUAUCUUACCUGCGUGGAGGGAAACUAUGGAGAGAUAUCACCGGAAGGCAUUAGAUGUAGCAAGAGCAGUUGCAAGUCUCAUAGCCCUUGCACUUGACCUAGAUGGCGACUUUUUUGAUCCACCGGAAAUGCUUGGAAAAUCUCUUGCAACCCUGCGGCUACUGCACUAUGAAGGUCGAACUUCGGAGCCUGCAAAGGGAAUAUUCGGAGCAGGCGCUCAUUCUGAUUUCGGUUUGAUUACCCUUUUGGCGACAGAUAGUAUCUUAGGUCUUCAGAUAUGUAAAGAUAAGGAUGCCGAGCCUCAAGACUGGGAAUACGUAGCACCAUUAAAAGGGGCAUUUAUAGUGAAUCUUGGUGACAUGCUGGAGCGUUGGAGCAAUGGUAUUUUCAGAUCUACACUGCAUCGGGUCUUGUGUCAUGGCCAAGAAAGAUAUUCUAUUGCUUAUUUUGUGGAGCCUGGUCAUGAUUGCAUUGUUGAAUGCUUGCCAACAUGCCAAUCAACGGAAAAUCCUCCCAAGUUCCCUCCAAUAAAAUGCGAGAGUUACAUGCUACAGCGGUACAAGGAUACUCAUGCUGAUCGUAACUCGUAUAAAUGA